AAGAGGCCCAGGGAAAAGGGAAAAGGCAGGUCUGGGCACGAGGGCCCGAAGCAGGCAGGGCGGGGCAAGGGAAGGGCAAGAGGGAGGCCAGCCCCCAGUAGGAAAUGAGACAGGGCUGCAGCCAGCCGGAGCCCCCUGCCUGUCUGAGCCAGGAGCCCAGGUGGGGUAAGAACCUCAGCCCCAGGAUGUUGACAACGUUCCUGCUACUGCGUCUGCUGCUCCUGCCCGGCUGGGCCUUUUGUAGCCAGGAAGCCUCCGAUGGCCCUCGGAACCUCCACAUGCUCCAGAUCUCCUACUUCCGUGACCCCUAUCAAGUGUGGCACCGGGGCAACGCGUCGCUGGGGGGACUAAGGACGCACGUGCUGGAAGGCCAGGGCACCAACGUCACAAUCCUCCAGCUGCAGCCCUUGGAGGCGCCCGAAAGCUGGGUACACACAGAGGACCGUCUGAAGACCUACCUGAACGAGUUCCAAAUGAUGGUGCGGCUUGUGCACCAUGAGCGGCGCUUGACCUUUCCUCUGACCGUUCGCUGUUUCCUGGGCUGUGAGCUCCCUCCUGAGGGCUCUCCAGCCCAAGUCUUCUUCGAAGUGACUGUGAAUGGGAGUUCCUUUGUGAAUUUCCAGCCAGAGACAGCCUUAUGGGUAGCAGGGCCCCAGGCACCCUCCAAGGUGGUCACCUACACUCUUCAUCAGCUCAACUCCUACAAUCGUACUCGGUACGAACUGCGAGAAUUCCUGCAGGACACCUGUGUGCAGUACCUGCAGGAAUAUAUCACUUUGAAAAACUCAAAAGGGAGCCAAACAGGCCGCUCCUACACUUCACUGGUCCUGGGUGUCCUGGUGGGCAGUUUCAUCAUCGCUGGUGUGGCUGUAGGCAUCUUCCUGUGCACAGGUGGACGGCGGUGUUGAUUACUCUCCAGCCCCCCUCUGAAAAAGGGCUGGACUGACAGGGGCUGGCAAGGGAAGAUCUCAGCUCAUGACAAAACCAAACAGAUUCGCCAUCUGGGAUAUUAUAUCCCAGAAGGUUUGGCAUGGCAGCUCCUUUUCCCUGCUCUGCCCACCAAGAGUUUGGGGAGGGGAAGGGAAGGGAAGGGAGGAAGCUAGGUAGACAGAGUUCUUGGUUUGCUGAGCACCUAAGAACUUGCAUGCUUUGGCUGAACUGGUCUGAGAAGCGAAUGCUUAUCUAUCUUUGUGGAAAACAGAUGAUGGAGUUGGGUGGGGGUGGGGGAUGUCUAUGACACAUCCUUCAUAGACAGAAUUACCUGAGGCAUUCAAAACACCUAACAAAUAUGAGAAGUCCAUCCACAACCAAAAUAAACAACAUUCAGUGCUUCCAGGCACAUCAGACUUGGGAUGGGACGCUGGUAAUAAUAGAGGUAGACAGAAAUAACCAGAGAAAUGGUGAAAGUGUAAAAUAUAAGUAAUAUGGGAGCAAAGAGUUAUUAACUACUUAAUAAUAUUAUUAAUAAAUUCAUUACUUAUGUAUAUGGCAUUAUUUUUUUCCCUUUACUUUGCAAAACUUCUGGGAAAGUAGCCUAUACCUUUUUCUUCUACUUCCUCAUCUCCCACUCACUCCUAAACCACUGCAGCCUGACUUCCCUCUAAACUUCUUUAAGACCAUCAAUGACCUCUAACUGUAAACUCUUCAUCCCACAUGAUAUCUGCAACAUUUUCCUUUGUGGACUAGAACCCUCUUUUUACCCUGACUUCUGAGAUACCAUACUUCUAAUUUUUAGAAACUGUUCUGGCCACUCAGUCAAUCCCUUUGCUUUUGUCAUCUUACUCAAUUCACCUUGGAAAUGUGGCUUCCUUAGAAUUCCAUUUUUUGGCUCUUUUUGUUCUCAAUUGAACUGUAUCCUUUGUGGAUGACCUACUAAUUCUCACAGCUUCAAAUGCCAUCUAUCUGCGGUGUUUUCCAUGGGGAAGCAAUAUAAUCUUGCCUUUGAAAGCAGGUGUUUUAUCAUCAAACAGACUUGAGUUUUACUUCUUUCAGCCAGGCAUUUAA